CGUGGCCUAUACUUAUAUUCUUCAGCAUAAUAUUGGGCACGCCUUGGCUUUUAUGGAGGCUUUUGUCUUCAAUUGUCACAACCGAGAAGACAGCGUGUGAAAAGUGGGCGACGGGUGAGGGCGAGCACUACGAGGCGACCGCACUCUAUAACUUUCAAACAGAUAAUCCUCGAGAACUGCCGUUCACUGUCGGCAACAAGAUUAUUGUGGCGCCAAAGGAACUACAGCCGAGAGUUAGGGGAUGGCUGUUGGCCACCAUUGAUGGCCAGAAAGUGGGUCUCAUUCCCGCCAAUUAUGUCCGUAUCGUUGGCUGUCGUAACCCAAAGACUCCACUUUCAACAGAUAAUAAUUAAUAUUAUUUGUAUUGUUAUUUACAAUGUUUUAUACAAAGUUACAAUAGUUUUGAGUUUAUUUUCCAUUCAAGUAAAUCGUGAG